AGAGAUUCAGUUUCUGCUAAAUAACAGUUGUUAUUGUUGCGUUUUUCGAUAUAUUUCAUCACCGAACUUAGAAAUAAAAAAAUAUCGAAGAUUUUUGAUGACAGAAAUAUCAAAAUUGACAAGAAUUGUCAGAGUGAAAUUUUUGAAGAAUUGUCAGUGUGUCUCUUAACGAAUCUUCACUGAGUGAAUUGGAGGUCGUAUUCAUUAUUGGGAGUAGAGUCAAUUCUACGGCAUAAGGUCUAAGCUGAGUCUCAAUGGAAAGGAAACCAAAGUUUUGUUCUUGUCGACUGGCAGUUCAUCAUGAAUCGGGAAGAGUACAAUGGUGUGUGGGUCAACAAGGAAAUUGGCAGCAAAAACUCAAGAGACUAGUUUUUGUACCAGCAAUCUUGCUACCUCUGGUUAUAGUAAUAAUUUUUAUCACUAAAUAUGCCGAUGCCGCAGAGUUUUCAACAGCAAAAACUCCUACACCUAAUUCACCAAAUGGAGAUCGAAUUGAGGAUUUUUUCCUUUUUGAGAGAAUCUACGACGAAGAACCGCUCUAUGACACACUUGAAACAAAGUUCUUAAGAGAGAUGGAAUACGGAUUCAACCCUCAUGGAUUUGAAGAUGCACCAAGUGCUCAAAGAAGGGAUAAACGAAUAAAAAGGAAUAUGGAUCCGAGUGUUUUGGACUCUUUGAGAAAUACUGGUAAUUGGUUUGGUAGACCUGGUGGUGAUGCUAGCGCAAGAAGCCAAGUUUUUUGGAAGAAUGAAAUGAAUGGAGCUGAAAUAAGGAAAUUGCAAAGUAACAUAAUGAAACGGUAUAUGGAUAAAACCGUGAACCCCUGUGAAGAUUUUUAUAAGUACGCCUGUGGAAACUGGAAGAAUUACUAUUCUAUUCCCCCCGAAAGAAAUUCAUACGAUACAUUUGAGAUUCUCAGAGAAAACUUGGACAACGUUCUUGGGGAACUACUUUUAGAAAAUGAACCAAAAGGGGACCCUAUGUCGAAAGAAGUCCACCACCGACCCUUCGAAAUAGGCUAUCUACUCAAUAACACAAUAGACAGCUACCAAAACAGCUCGAUGGAUGCCACAACCAAAGCUAAGUAUUUUUUUCAUUCGUGCAUGAAUCAAAACAAAGUACGAGAAAGGGGAAGUUCCCCUCUUUUAAAAUUAUUAGAUGAACUUGGAGAAUGGCCGAUCCUCAACAAAAACUGGAAAGAGUCUGAAUUCGAUAUUGUUUGGUUAAUGGCACAACUCAGAUUGUUCAACAACGACAUUCUCAUAUCGGAAUGGGUUGGACCGGAUUUGAAGAAUUCCGAAGAGUACAUCAUUCAUUUGGAUCAAACUACUCUAGGAUUGCCGUCUAGAGACUACUUCACAAAUCCUCGUCAUUACAAGUAUAUCGAAGCUUAUAGAACAUUCAUAGUAUCGGUUGCUCUAUUGCUUGGAGCUCCUGAAGAUACAGUACACCAAGACACAGACGAAAUCAUUAAAUUUGAAACGAAAAUUGCAGAGAUUAUGACAUCCCAUGAAGACAGAAAACAUUUGGAAAGAAUUUAUCUGAGAACAACAAUUGGAGCGUUGGCUCACUUCUUUCCUCAACUUGACUGGAUAAGGUAUUUCGGUAUGGUUUUAGGUAAAGUCAUGACCCUCGAUGACCCUGUAGCCUGUUUCUGCACUGCAUAUCUACAUAGACUGGUAGACCUGUUGAGUAACACAAAUUCUAGAGUUGUGGCAAACUAUUUACUUUGGAGGUUUAUAAGACAUCGAACAAACAAUCUGGAUGAACGAUUUCUUUUGGCUAAACAAAGGUUCUACUACAUACUGUUCGGGAAAGAAAAACCACCAACUAGAUGGCAGUUUUGCAUACAACAAACCAACGCUAACAUGGGCAUGGCUCUUGGAAAAUUGUUUGUUGAAAAAUAUUUCGAUGAGCAGAGUAGAAAAGAUACAUUAGAGAUGACCAUACAACUUCAGCAAGCUUUUCACGAAAUAUUGAGUGAAAAUACAUGGAUUGAUUCGUCUACUAAAGAUUACGCGCAAAUGAAAUUAAAAAACAUAGAUUUGAAAAUUGGCUACCCAGAUUUCAUUACAAGUAUUUCAGAAUUGAAUCGAAGAUAUAUAGAUGUGGAGAUACAUCCUGAUUAUUUCUUCGAGAACACUUUGAGCAUUCUUAGGCAUCUUACACGUUAUGAGCAAAGGAAAGUUGGGAAGGAAGCUAACAGAACAUUAUGGGGCACAUCACCAGCUAUCGUUAACGCUUACUAUAGCCGUAACAAGAACCAGAUAAUGUUCCCUGCUGGAAUACUUCAGCCACCAUUUUACCAUAAGCAUUUCCCGAAGGCUCUAAACUUCGGAGGAAUUGGAGUUGUCAUUGGACAUGAAAUAACCCAUGGAUUUGAUGAUAAAGGAAGAUUAUUUGAUCAACAUGGAAAUCUGGAUUAUUGGUGGAAAGAACCAUCAGUUUUGGAGUUCCAUACAAGAGCUCAAUGCAUCAUAGAUCAGUACGGGCAAUAUAUGCUACCUGAGGUGAAUGCCAGAGUUAAUGGGUAUUUGACACAAGGAGAAAACAUCGCAGAUAACGGGGGUUUGAAACAAUCAUUCAGAGCCUAUCAGAAAUGGCGAAAAAAGCAUACUGAAACUGAAGAACUCCUUCCUGGCCUUAACCUUACUGGACCACAAUUAUUCUUCUUAAAUUUUGCUCAGAUUUGGUGUGGUAUUCAAAGACCAGAAAGCGCAAAAACUAGGUUGCAAACAGCUGUUCACUCUCCAGGAAUUUUCAGAGUAUUAGGCACCCUGAGCAAUUCUGUAGAUUUCGCUCGAGAGUACAAUUGCCCCCCUGACAGUUCAAUGAAUCCAUCUUUCAAAUGUGUACUCUGGUGAUUUACAUUUUUAUUGUUAUAGACUAUUUUGUAUUUUUUCAAUGAUAUUGAAAUAAAUAAAUUAAUUUUU